CUGACUGACAGACAACAACAGUCCAAACUGAGCAAACCAAAACUCUCACCAAGACUUCCAGUGAGCUGCACUGCAAACGAAGAAGAAGAAGAAGAAAAAAAUCAUUUUUUAGACGUUGGAUUAACCCACUGAAGACCUGUUUGGAAGACUUUUUGGUUUUGGAGGUCACCAUGAAAAGCCUGGAUCUGCUCCUGCUGGCAUGUUGCUUAUGCAGCCUGAGCACGUUGGGAGGUGCAUCUGAAAUGGAGCAGAUUAUGAUGAAGAAGCUCUUCGCCAACUACAACGUAAAGGUCCGGCCAGCACCCAGCCCUGAAGAGAGGGUGGUGGUCCGUGUGGGAAUGAUCCUCUCUUCCUUCGUUGGACUGAAUAUGAAAAAUGAAGAGAUGAGCACUGUGGUUGUCAUGAAUCUGGAAUGGACAGAUCAUCGGUUGACAUGGAAACCCAAGCAGCAUGAUGGGAUUGAAGUGCUGCGUAUCCCCGCUGCGAGGGUUUGGCUGCCUGACAUUGUCCUCAUCAAUAAUAAUGAUGGGGUGUUUGAUGUGGCCUUGCAUGUCCAUGUGCAGGUUUAUAGUAACGGCAGAGUAACCUGGACUCCCCCUGCACUAUACUGCAGCUCCUGUGGAGUUAAGGUAACAUACUUCCCAUUCGACUGGCAGAACUGCACCAUGCAGUUCCGCUCCUACACGUAUGACUCGACAGAGAUCGACCUGCAGUAUGCACUUGACUCAAAGGGCAACGAGAUACGGGAGAUCCAACUGGACGAGGCUUACAGCGAGGGCGGCGAGUGGCGCAUCAUGCACAAGCCGAGCAGGAAGAGCACGAAUGAUGAUCUGUACGAGGACAUGAUCUUCUACCUGAUCAUUGAGAGGAAGCCUCUGUACUACGUCCUGAACAUCAUCCUCCCCUGUAUUCUCAUCACCAUCAUCGCCAUCUUUAACUUCUACCUGCCUCCUGAUGCAGGUACACAGAGUGAAAAGAUGGGUCUGUCCAUCAACGUGCUGCUGACCCUCACUGUGUUCCUGCUGCUGCUGGCUGAUAAGAUCCCUGAGACGUCACUGGGCGUCCCCAUCAUCGUCAACUACAUCAUGUUCACCAUGAUCCUGGUCACCUUCUCCGUCAUCCUCAGCGUGGUCGUCCUUAACCUGCAUCACCGCUCGCCCAACACCCACCUGAUGCCCAUGUGGGUCCGCAAGAUCUUCAUCCACAUGCUACCUCCUUACCUUGGCAUGCUACGGCCAAAAGUGGAGACCCCCCUGUCGCUGGAGACCCUGCCCCGUCGGGAGAAAAAGAAGAUGGCCAUCAGCAAAGUGGCUGAUGAAUACUUUAUCCGCAAACCGGACUCCUCCAUCUUGUUCCCCAAGCCUAACAGGUUUCAGCCAGAGGGCAUGUGUACGGACCUGAGGAAAUUUAUCGACGGCCCCAGCAGCUACCUAUCGUUACCUGAAGAGCUGAAGUCGGCCAUAGACGCCAUCACUUAUAUCGCAGAGGCUCUGCAGGCUGAGAAGGACUAUGAAGCUCUGAGAGAGGACUGGCAGUACGUGGCUAUGGUGGUGGACCGCAUGUUCCUCUGGAUCUUCGUCGUCUUCACCACCGUGGGAACCUUAGCCAUCUUCGCCGAUGCCAGCUUCAACCACACUCCCACCGACCCCUUCAAGUCCCCCUGAGGCGUUGGAACUUUUGCGUUUCUUGAACCUUCUUCUUCCUGAUGUACCACCUUUUUUUUUAAAAUACGGGGGAGAAGAAAUCGCUGUAUUAAAGUGCCAAAUGAUUAUCCGUGUGUAGUUCACCAUGGGCCCGCUGUCCCCACGGCACCUCGCAUUUUUUUUUACACAGCCAGUUUAGUUUCUAUUUACUUUUCUUGCAACGGCAAACCCAAUAUGACCUCAACAUGUUUCUCCUAUCCGUUUGAAUGUAGACAGUGCAGAUGAAAAUACAUGUUGACAUGUUCCAUAGUCGUGUCAAACUAUAAUUUCUCACACAACACUUUAAUCUUUGGCCAUAUGGAAAAUAAAGACUGAGAUUUUCACCAUGUACUUCUCAGCGAAACGCAAGUCCUUUGCUACCAUGUCUUGACCCUUGCAGCUGCACCACUGCCUCAAGACCAAACCUGACACAAUUUGAUGUACCGGGUCAAAUGUUUUAUGCGUUACACUUGAGCGAAAGAGCAUAUAUCUGUAUUCUAUCUAUACUUUUAUGGGAUGGCAUGUUGUUUGAGCAGUUUACGUUUGUCAGAUAGUGCGCUGUCAUGAAUUCCUGCAGGGUUUUGCCUGCGCUCGACCUCAAUGUGCAAGGCAAUGCAAAUGAAUGGACAUCUUGAGGUUUCUUGGCUGAAUGAGCAACAGUGCUCACGAACAUCCCAGCCUCAGUAUUGUUGCCAUAGAUCAUUUAAACUGUAUUACACAUGCAAUGGCAUUGAUUAUUGCAUGAUACAUAACUACCAAGCCAAUGUUGUAGCAUGUCUUACGUG